AUGAAAGAUAAUACUAUGUCCGAGAAUGACUCUGGCCAUAUUUCAGCAGAAAAUCUGCCAAAUAACCAAGAAAAGGAUUUAUCAGUAGACAAUAUAAAUGUGUUAAAUGCUUUAUCAGAAGAUUUUAGACACAAAGAUGAGUUAAUUCUAGAUACUAACUCGGCUUCAAUUACUGAACUUCCAACCCAAGAGCAUAAAAAUGAAGUUGAGGAUAUAAAAGGAGUGAGCAUUCAAUCUGAGAAAUCCGAACUGGCUCACAUUGAUAAGAGUGAAAUUAAGAAUGAAGAUUUGGAUGAAGUUAAGGAGCCAAGUACUAAAGAAGAAAGUUCUAUACAAGAAGACAUUACUGACUCAAAUGUAGAGUCUCCAGGCACUAUCAAUGUGUUAUCUGGAGAAUCCACCAUGUUGAACACAGAGGAAGACUCUGGCUCAAUUAAUAUGCCAGAAUCUUCACUUCCAUACAAGCUUUGGAUUGACGCAAAGAGCAGGGACUGGAUUCUUGAAUGGCAAACAAAAAACGGAAGGUGGAGUGUUCGAAAAUUUAGUUGUAAACGUUGGGGAAAGGGAAAGGCAUAUUCUCAUGCAAUGAACUUUUUGGCAUCUUUAACUUCCUGUGGAAUUAUAAAGGACCCUAACUUUAGUCAGCAAUUGGGUGAUUCUGGUGAAUCUACAGCUGAGUCUGUCAACCAAGCAAAUAGAUCUGUCGAGGAUGAACUUGUAUUACAGUUCCUUUCUCAACGAGAUGCCGUUGCAAACGCAGAAAAGCAAAAGAAUGGGUUUGGAUCAAACUCUGGGUUGAAUACACUGGCAGCAAUUGCAGCUGCUGCAGCUGCUGCAGCCAUCGCUUCUACUCCGAACAAGAAUCAGGCUCCAGUUAAAAAUCAUACAUCUUCUCAGCCAGCCACUACUACUCAGCCGCAAGUAAGAGGCGCAGUAAGAAAAAGUGGUGUACCUGGAGUCUAUUGGAGCCAAAAGCCUCAAGGAUGGAGAGUCGUAUAUUAUACUGGUAAAGACCGUGAAUUUGAGUAUUUUAAAGUUCCUGCAAAUGCUUCCGAAGAAAUAAUCAGCGAGAUUCUUGAGGUAGCCAAACGUUUCCGGUCCCAAGUUACCGCAGAAGGACGCCAUUUACCAAAUGGUGCAGUAGGUUCUAGCUCAAAAAGAGCAAGAAUGGCAGAAAGAAAGGCAGCAGCUGCAGCAGCUGCUGCUGCCGCAUCUGCUGCUUCUGCUGCUGCAACAUCAGUAUCCGCACCGGAUACAUCCAGACACCUACUUCAGUCAAGAGUUAAUCACUUUUCUGAAGAAGGACUUACAGAUUAUUUAAAGAAUCCAUCGGAUAUUGCAUCAAAGAAUCUUUUAGACGCAGAUCCACUAUCCCAAUUUUCUUCUAAAUUUAAUCCAGCAAAUAUCACGGGAUUACAGAAUCCGACUGGAGCUAUACCACCAGGUCCAUAUGAAUGGUUAUACAACCCUCUUUUAAUGAAUUUAUACGGUAACUAUUCAGCUGCAAGUCAAGCAGCUGCAAUGCAACAAUGGGCAAUGCUCCAGAACUCCUUUUCCCAAAACAACGGAAUGCUUCCUUCAGCAGUUCCUGGCCAAGUUGAAAAUUCAGCUUCUCAAGCUAACCCAAUAUUGAAUUCUUUUUUCCCAAACCCAUUUAUAAACCCUUUUGGACUACAAAUCCCACCAAUGUUGGGACAAAAUGCAAAUUUAUUAACUCAGAUACCUCAAGUCUCCGCAAUGAAUCCAGCUUCGCAGAUGAACAUGAAUAUGUUUGGAAGAUAUUAUGGAAUGACCCUUCCACCUGGUCAAGCUACACAGUCCCCAGGUGCAUCUCCUAUAGGCCAAAAUGGCAAUCCUACAUCUACUGCUCCCUCACAGCCUGAUUCCACAAUUUGGUUUAAUCAGCUCAAUUCCACACAGCAGUUAUUGCCUAACAAUGAUCAACUAGUACAACAACCCACAGCUUUGGACGCAUUUAAUCCAGGUGCAUCUCGAGCAGAUGAGGAUCCUUCCCUUACAAGCGAGGCCACGAACAAACAAACAGAAAAUCUGCUCGAAGUCUCGUCGAGCAGCAACAAGGCAUCCAGUUAA